AAAUCUCCACAAGAGAGAAAGAUACACCUUCACACGGCACCUAAACCAAUACUUCUUUCAAUUAAUUUCUUCAAUCAAGAAUCUACAGAUCAAUUUAGCCAGCACAAUCCCCACUCUAGAAUUAUUUUAUCAGUUAGCGCCUCGUACGAGGCUCUUAGUGCAGUGGCGAAAAAUAAGUCCGCACUAAUGAAGAGUUGAUUCGUCCCCUUCUACCGGCACACCAAGACGGACCGGCUUUCUCUGAAGAGGACAGAAAAGGCUAGCGGUUAUUGACAAACGGCGAGCGAGCAGCGAACGCAGGCGGGCAGGCAGGAUGGAGGUGAAAGGCCGCGUCGCCCUGGUGACGGGAGCAGCAGCCGGCAUAGGCAGAAGCUACGCCGAGGAAUUGAUGAACCACGGAGCCAAGGUGUCGAUAUGCGACAUCAACGUCGAGGAUGGUGAGAAGCUUUACCACAGUCUGGCCUCGCGCCAUGGUAAGGACCGAGUGCUGUUCUGCCUCUGCGACGUGACCGACUACAACCAGUUCGAAGAGGCGUUCAAAACGACGAUCGCGACCUUCGGCCACAUCGACAUCGUCAUCAACAACGCGGGCAUCAUGAACGACAGAUUCUGGGAGCUCGAGGUCGACAUCAAUCUGAACGGAGUGAUCCGCGGCACGCUGCUGGCGCAACGCUACCUGGGCAUCGACAAGGGCGGCCGAGGCGGGGUCGUCGUCAACACCGGCAGCAACGUCAGCGUCUACCCGUACGUCAGCGUGCCCAUCUACUCGGCGACCAAGGCCGCUAUCGUCAGCCUCACGAGGGCUUUCGGCGACCAGUACCACGUGGGCCUCACGGGGGUGCGAGUGAUGGCGAUUUGCCCGGGCCCGACGAAGAGCAAUUUGGUGCGCGACGUCGGCAAGCAGCUGCUGGCGCCGCGCUACGAGGACGCCUGGCGCCGGGACACCGCCACCUCCAAUUCGCAGACGCCCGAGCACGUGGCCAAGUCGCUGAUUCAGGUGCUGGCGAGCGGCAAAAGCGGCAGCGUUUGGCUGGUAGAGAACAGCCAGCCCGCUCGCGAGCUCACCUACGCCAAACAUUAGCUUUUCCCGAUGCCCGUUCCCUUCGAGACAGAUGGGCUUCCGUUCGCACCGUCGGGAAUAUUCUUCCUCGCAGAUCAACUGUUGCCGUACCAGCCAACGACUUUUUUAUGACUGUGUUUUUGCGAGCGUCGUCGGGACGUUAUCCGCCAUUGCCAAUUUUUUUACCAAUCCCUCGAGUCAUUUCGGAAUCGCACACUCGCGGCUGUGAAAGCGAGGACACACAGCAAAGCUCAUCCCUUUGCCAUUUGAUAUUCGGAUGUUGGACGAAUAUUGCACGUCCAAUGUGCGAUCACAUCCAUGUAGAGGAGGCACCCGGCACCCGGCACCCGGCAACGGUUUCAGGCGAUACAAGCAGGUCGAGCAGUGUUUUCAAAGUAGCUUUUCGCGUUGAUCUGUACUUAGCCUUAUGUCUUUAGCGACCUUUCAAAAAUUAAGUUACAAUAACACAUUAUAUCAAAGGUACUUGGAGAUGCAAUCAAUGACGGUGGAUUCCAUUUUUCUAUUCUCGUAGCGAGUAAUUUAAACAACUAUAUUUGUGCGACAUUUAAUUUCGUCUGUGAUAUUAUCGAUUUCUUCUGUUCGACAUUGUCUCGUUGAAAAGUUCAUAGCUGGAAUCAAAAUACGUAAUCGUUCAGAAAUUUCGUACUACCACUUCGCUAUAAUCGCCCUAAAAAGCCACCCUAAACAAUCAUUAUUCAAAUUGAAUCGUAUGAUAUAACUAUAACGCGACUCGCUGUGAGCAAGCGAGAACAAGUAAAGUGUUCAUAUUGCGUACUUUUAUUACGUAUUUUUAACGAGGUACUUAUCUAUUCGAGAUAUUUUUUUAUGGAAAUUAUUUUUUGAAAAGUCGUGUAACGAACUGUGUGUUGCCAUUUUUUCGUUCCUUCGUAUGCACAUACGUAUAUGUAGCUUAAGCUUCUAUUGAACGUCCGGCCAGUGAUUGUCUUGCAUCCACGCUAUUGACGUCCGCGACACAUAAAUGUUUUUUCAUUGUUGUCAUGUAAUUAAUCUACGGUGAAAAUAAAGUGCACGUAUUUGCGUCCGAGUAUUGGGAUUGAGAUUUUUCAAAUGCUAUAAACUAUCAAGAAUAAGUUUUAAUAAGAAAAAAGAAUUUUAAAUUUGCGAUGUAAAAGAAGAUUGUCUCUAUGAAAGAUUUAUGUAAGCGUGUAGCUUCGUUUGCGAUUGUUGAUUUUCCACAUUGUUGAUUUUCUUUCAAAUCUACGCAUCUAUUGUAUUACGUUGCGCUCAUGUAUUCGAUGCUGCUGCAAGCCUUAAAUAAA